AUGUCUUAACAAUAUCAAUAGAUGAAUGAAGAACAACCUAUAGAAAUUGAGAUUCCUGUUAAUAAACCACCUAAUUCACAGGAUAAUAUUGCUCAACAAAGCAACCAGGAAAAACCAAAAAAGUAAAAAUAUUUUUGAAUUUAUAGAGUGUAAAAAAAAAAUAAGAAAAAAGAAGCAGAUUAAGAGUCAUCCUCCUCUUCUGAUGAUGAUGAUAAAAAACCUAUUAUCAAGAAAUCAGAUUCUAAAAAGCAUGGGAAUAAAACGUAAAUUUGUUUACCAAAUCUUAUUUUAGGAAGUCCCUUUAGUUAUAAUAAAUGGAUUUAGAGGAAUAAAACAAACAAGCACUUAAAUGGGCAAUACGUCUAAGAUCUUUUGUUCGAAUUAUAUUUUUAAUCAUAACUACAACAGUUUUGUUUACAGGUUUCUAUGUAAUAUUUGAAUUUUUUGCCUUUUAUGAUGGUAUUUAAAAAAUACCUGCCAAUUCAAGAUUGAUGAUGAAUGUUACUAAUUGUAGAAUGCAUAUCAUAGAUAGUGUAUAAUAAUAAUAUAUAUUUUUAGGAAUAUCAAAUUACAAAAUCUAUGUCCUCAAUUAAAUAUUUAGGGGCUAGUAUUACAACAUUAAAAAAGAAAAACUCUCAUGUCCAAAGUCUUAAUUAAACAACAAUAGAUGGACCAAAAUUAGGUGAUGCAAUAGAUGAAAGUUCAAGCUUACUUAUACCAGACUUUGCCCUUGAAUAUUCAAUUCCAGGAAGAUUCAAUAUAGAUCCUAAUGCAAAUACUUCAACUAUUUCAGAAGAUAUUCAAGGUAGCAAUUAUAGUUAUGAAUUUACAAACUUAUUAUCUGCUCAAAGUUGUUAAAUUGAUUUACAUGUCUAUAAACAAGCAGUUCUUGAUGAUUUAUCAAUAAAUUGUUUUGGAUCUUGUUUUAUAGUGAUGACAUCUAAUAAUAUAUCAUAUAAUACAAUCAAUAUUGUAAUUAUUUAUUAUUAAUAUUUAUUUAGACAGGAGAAUUAGUUGAAUUAAAUGCUUUAAAAUUAGUUACUAAGAAUUUAACAUUCAAUAGUAUUUAAGGAAGAUUUUAAGGAAAUUAUUUAUAAUUUGAAUAAUUUUCUGAUGUUAGAUUAGAAAAUGGUGAUAUCAUAUUUUAAACUGAUAAUGAAAUGAUGGUUAAUUGGACACAUGCUAAUCCUCAUUAUUGUUAUGCUGCUCCAGUCAUUGCUAAUCCAAUUGUUGUUGGUUGUUAAGAAGCACCUGCAUCUGAAAUAAAAGCCUUUAUUUAAGGAGUUGGUACUGGAAAGAAAAAGAAGAAGAAGGAUGAAGAUAAAGAUAAAGAUGAUGAUGAAAAAGAUAAAGAUAAAGAUAAGAAGGAUGAAAAAAAAGAUAAAAAAGAUAAAGGAGAUAAAGAAGAUGAAACAGAAUUUUUAAGUUUAGAAGAUGAAAUCUAUGAAAGCUUUUUUGCUGAUGAACAUGAAAAUUUAUAAGGAAAUAUUAUCUUAUUACCAUUUGUUGAUACAUAUAAUCAAUCCAAAGAAUUUUAAGUCUAAUUAGAUUAAAUAACUCAUUAAUAAGAAAAAGAUGCUACUGCUCCUAAAAGUGAUGUUGAUCCUAAAAAAGAUGAUAAAACUAAUCCUCAAACACCUAAAGCUAAUAUGUAAAGUAAAACAAAAGACAUUAAAGAAAAAUAAGCUACUUUAUUCUAACCUUCUUGUUUUGGUAAUUCAAUAUUUUGUUAAUCUUUGGAAUGUUAAACAAUUAAAGAUGUAUUAACAAAAUCUAAUAAUACUAUUAAUCCAACAAAUUCUACUGAUUAAACUUAAGGAAAACCUUAAGGAUCAUAAUUAAGAUUAUUGAAAGAAGGAGAAGAAUUAAAAAAAGAUGAUAAAAAUGAGACUGAUAAAAAUGCUAACAAAACAGAGGCUAAAAUUGAUUAUAAAGGAAUAUUUGCAGAAGCAUAAAAGAAAUUACCUCACUCUAUACCUACUGGUUUAAGAUUCUUAAAUGUUACUGGAAGAUUUGGUAAUGUUUAUGUGAACAUUAUUAAAAAAUAAAAUAAAACUAUUACAAAAAAGGAUACUAUUAUUCAUGGAUUAAGUUAUGCAUCAGGAAGUGUUGACUUUGAUUUACCAAGUUAAAAAAUAUUAAGACAUUAUUUGAAAAUGGCUGAUGAUCCUCAUAAUUUUGAUCCUAAUUUUGUACUUAAAGUUGGAUCUAAAAUUACUAGAUCUGAUAAUUAUUAAUAAUGGUCAUUAACCUAUAAUCCUGCUUAUUCAUAUGUAAAACCUUGGUGGAUGGGUACAUUUUCAUUUACUUUAAUGAGUACAGCAUCAUGGACAUUAGAUUUAAAUUUAAGUCCUGGAUUCUGUCCCUAUCAUCCUACAUUAGAUUUAGAUGAUAUUUAUAAUACUAGAUUUUUAAUUGGAAAAUAUUUUGAAAAAGCUGAACAUUCAAUAACAACAAUUGCAUGGUAAAAUUCAGUUAAAUUUCCAACUGAAAAUUAUCCAAAAGAAGCUACUGGUUUACGUAAAUAUAUUGAAUCUAAUAAUGAAUUUGAAAGAUGGGUUGAAAUAGUAAAAUUAAAUGAAACAAGUUAUUAAUUAACAAACAUUAAUUUAGAUUAAAGUCCAGCAACUUAAUGGGCAGUAUAUGUAUCUGUCAUCAUCUCAAUAUUAACAGCAUUCUUUUUAAUGUUAGGAGUUCUUUAUAUGAUAAAUUCAGUUUACAAAUAAAUUUUAGAAUAGGUUGCAGCUACUAAUAAAUAUAGUGGUAUAGAAAAAAAGAAUGACGCUGAAGGAGCAUAACCUUUAAUGAAGAUUGCACCUGAAAAAGAGGAAAAAGAUGUAAAAAAAGAUGAAAAAUCUGAUAAACAAGAUGAUACAGAUAAAAAGAAAUAAUCUUCAUAAGAUAUGGAAAUGUAAUUAAUCUUUAUAUAUUUUUUAGUGUUUUAAAUAUGAAUUUAGGUAGAUUACUAUAUUAAUUAUUUGUAUUGGCCCCUCCUUUAUCAGCAUUCAUAGAUUAUUUAUGUGUAUUGAUAAGCAAAAAAUAUAUUAAUUCAGCUGAAGAAUUUUAUACACAUUUAUUUUAAAAGAAAUAAAAAAGCAAUACAGAUUCAGAAUUACAUAAUUUAACAACAGAAUCAAUUUUAGGAAAUGAGAUGAAAACAUUAUAUGAAAAGUUUUGUUUCCUUAAUGGUUUUCUUGAAUAAAAAUUGGAUGAUGAAAAGAAUCUUAAAUUAUUAAAAUAAAAAGGAUUUAAAAUUACACUUAAAGAAGAUGCAUAAACAGAAUCUUAUGUUAGAGUUCUUCUUAAUGGCAUGAUGCCUAAAUUACCUGUUAUAGCAGCAGAUAAAAAUACUUUAGAACUAUUUAUUAAUAAUUGUUGUAAAUUAACCAAUUUUGAAGAAGAUAAUAUUGUUGUGCAAACAUUUAAUGAAUAAUAUUAGGAAUUUUGUGUUUUAAAUCAUUUACCUUAUGAAUAACCAUCAGCAUCAGAAUUAUAAAAGAGUUACAAUAUUACAAGUAAAUAUAUCCCAUAACAAUGGGUUGAAAGAGAUGAAGAAGAAGUUCAUAAAGAAGAUGAUGCUCCUCCUUCAUUUAUGAUGAAAGUGUAGAAUUGCUUAACUGAUUGUCUUAAGAAAUGUUUACCAGAAUAAUAAACUUAUAUUAUUAAUAGAUAGAAAAUGUAAAAUCAUUAUUCAUUAAUUUUGAAUAAUCCUGAAUUAAUUAAAACUUAAGCUGAAUUAGCUGAAGCAAAUAGAGAACUUAUUCUAUUUGGAGGAUGGUGGAUGGUUGAUUUCUUCACAGUAUUAGCUCAUUUCAUAACAACAAUUAUAUUAAUCAUUCCUCUAUUCUCAUUUACAAUAUUAGAAAAGAUUUUAUAUGCUUAAUAUUCACUUAUUCCAAUUUAAUAUUUGAUUACAUUAGAAGAUAUAUUAUAGAAUUAUUGGGUUGUUCCAUUAAAGUUAUAUAAUGAAAGUACUUGGAUUAAGAAUGUUUUAAUUCUUGUUGGUAUAUAUUGGGUCUAUUCUAUUAUUGAUUUGCUAUAUUAUUACAUAUCUAUGUAAUUCCCAUAAGAAAACUUCUUUAGAAAGGUAUCUCCUAAAACAGCAAAUAGAAUUCAAUUAAUUUUCAGAUAAAUUAUGUGGGCAUUAGUAUUAUAUUCAGCAUAUCAAUUAUGUGUUUUCAUUACAUUGGCAUUAGUAUGGUUACUUUUAGGUGCUAUUGUAAAUCCUACUGCAUUUUUACCUUAUGCUACUGCUGCUGCAACAUUCAUUACAGUUAUCAGUUCAAAAGCUGCUUAAUUCAAGGAAAUAGCAACUGAUGGAUUUGAAACUGUUAUAGCAUAUGUUUAAAAAAUAGCUAAAGAUUAAAUGGGUAGUAUGAUAGCUAAAAUGGAUUUAAAAGGUAAGAUGAAUGACAUGAUGGAUAGUGAAGCAUUCAAGUCUGUUGCUGGAUAAGCAGCAAGUUUAGGUUUAGUAGAUUAGAGUACAUUAGCACAUAUUGAAGAGAAUGCUGAAGCUUUAUUAAGUAAUCCAGAUAAAGCUUUAGAGGCUGCUUCUAAUGCUGCUAGUGAGUUAUAAGCAAUAGCUGCAAAUCCUUAAGCAUUUGUUGCAAAAAUGAUGAAAGAAUUAGAAGAUAAGGCAAUAUCAAUGUUGAAAGAAUAGAUGGCAAAAUAAAUAGAAGGAUAUGGAUAAGAAUUAGCUAAUAUUGCAUUAGCACUUUUUAAGAAAGAUAAAAAUAUGUUUAAAAAUAAUCUUACUUAAUUAAUUUAUACAGCAGCUAAUACAUUAAAACUUGAUAGUCUUAAAAAGAUUGGUUAACCAAUAAUGACAUUUGUUUGGGAAUUUGCUUAUCCAAGUGGAAAUACUGCUUAGAUGAGUCCAGAAGAUUAUUUGGAAGCACUUAUUUAACCAUGUGCAGAAUGUUUUGCUUAAUUAAUUUAAUAAGAAAGUGCAAUUUUAUUUUAAGAUUAAGAUAUGUAAAUGUUUGAACCAAGAAUAUUAUCUUUAGUUUUAAAGAAGGCUAUUUCAUUAUAAAAGCAUUUAUAAUAAGAAAAUUUCUUAGGUGUUUUUAAUGAUCUUGAUUAAAUAAUAAAAUAAUUGAAAGAUGAACCAUAAUUUACUUAGAUAAAGUAUUUAUCAAAAUAUUCAGGAUUGUUAAAAAUUGCGAUGUCACUUUUUGAAGGUAGAAAGGGUAAUUAAAUAACAUUUCAUAAAAUAUUUGGAAUUAUUUCAGGAUUCUUUGAUGAAAUUCCAUAAUUGAAAGAUAUGAAAGAUUUAUUAGGUUUAAUUGAAUUGUUAGUAAAUUCAUUCAAUAAAUAACAUAAAGCAUUACCAACUAAAUUGGUUAGAUAAAGAAUAUCAAAAGCAUUAGAUGUUAUUAAUGGAAUGAUUAAAUCUAGAAAAACUAAUAUAGAUAAAAUAUUAGAAAAUCCAUCUUUAAUUACUUUAUUAUUUAAUUUCAUGUAACAUAAUUUUGAAAAGAUACCAAAAGAAGUAAUUAGAGAUGUUUUUAAAUUUAUUUUUGAGAAUUUUCAUGAUGAAAGUGUUAAAUCAAUAAGAGAUUUAGUAGUUAGUGAAAGAGAAUUUAAAAAGUUAAUUCCAUUAAUGACAGGAGUAUUUGAAAUGGUUAGUCUCUUUAUGGAAGAUUCAAGAGAAUUGACUUCUAAUUUACAUUUAUAAGCUAAUGCUUUUUCUAUAGAUGAAAAGAAAGCUCAAUAAUUAUAAGCCAUAGCUUCUAUAAAAUAUUAUAAAUAUACAACUUAUGAAGGAUCAGAAAAUGAAGAGAAAUUAUUUGAAAAAUUAUAAACAAAUCCUUUGUUAAUGAAUUUAGCUACAUCUUUGAGAUUAGAUACAAAAACAUUACUUGCAAUUGUAUCUGUGCUUUUAUAAUUAUAUUCUAAAUAGGGAUUAUAAGAUUUAUAUUAGAUUAUUUCUAAAAUUCAUAAAACUGAAGUUAAUAAAGUAAAAUAAUUCUUUUCACUUUUGAUUUUAUUUAAAUGUAAUAAUGCAACUCAUUUAUCUAAUGCUUGUGUAGAUUUAGAUAUACCAAGAGAAUAUAUUAUUUUAGUAUUAUUAGGAAAGAAGGUACUUGAUAUUGCAUAUGCUGAUGGAGAUAACUUAUAAAAAUUAGGAGCUAGUUCUGAUACAAUAGAUGAUAUAUAAAAACCUGAUUUUGAAUUAAAAUUGUGGAUGCAAAAACUUAAAAAAGAUGUAGUUGCUAAAGAAGAUAAUUCAGUUGAAGGUGGAAAUUCUGGAAGAUUGAAAACAUUUUUAAUUGAAACUAUAUCAGAUCCUACUUGUUAGAUUACAUCUUAAAAAGUUAAAGAUAUUUUAAUGGAUGUUGGUAACAAUUAAAAUUAAUUUGCACAAAUUAAUUAAAGAGAAAUAGAUUUACUUACUAAUAUAUUAUUAUUAAAGAAUAUUGAUUUAUUCUCAUCACCAUAAGCUUUAACAAGUGAUACUAAAUAAAGUGUAUAUGCUUUUGCUUCAAUUUUAAAUGUAAAUAAAUAAUUCUUUGAAGAUUUUAUAAACAUUAUCUUUUUAACUAAUUCAGAUAGAGUAAUUUAAUCAAUAUAAAAUUCUUAACCUAAAGUUGAUUCAACUAAGAGUGAAGAAUUUAUUUCAAAAGAAAAUCAAAAAGAUUAUGAGAGUUAUUUAGAAUUUAUGUAUUCUAAAAUGGAGAUGAUCUAAAAGAAACAUCAAUUUGUUUAUACAAAAAUGUAAAAUUUAUUCCCUAUGAUAAAAUUACCAUUACCUUUAAUUGAAAAAUUGUUAUUUAAUAAAGAUAAAGGAAUGGAUAUAAAUUCAUUUUAUUAAUUGGCAUAUUUAAUAAUAGGAAAAGAUGAGAAUGGUAAAUUACCAAAGGAAACAUUAAAAUAAUUAAAUAAAUCAGUUUCAUUUUUAACAUCUACAUUAAAUAGUUAAAAUGCUAAAGAAUUAAAAUAAGCUUUAGAUAAAAAAGAUUUAAAUGAUGGUUAAGUAUUAGUUAUUUAAAUGUUAAAUGAAAAUUCAAAAUAAAGAUCUAUUACAUUAUUAUUGAAUUUCUUGAUAUAAAAUAGUAAGAGAAGUAAGAAUGAUGAGAAAAGACCACUUCCAUAAAUUUAUCAUAUAUUUGCAUGUCUUUAUCUUUAUUUUACAGGUUAAUGGAGUGAAUUAUAAUUAACAUUUGAAGAUUAAGAAACUAAAUAAAUUCAAAAAUAAAAUAUUUUGUAAUAUUUAACUAAAAAAUUGGAUAUUAAAUAAGAAUUCUUUGAAGCAAUUCAUACAUUCUUUUUAAAUGAUAAUCAAAAAUUUACAUAAACUAUGGUUAAAUUUAUGAGAAGAUAAUAAGCAUGUAAAUUUGAAAAGGAGAAUCCAGGAAUUAAAAUACCAUUGUAAUCUUUAGUUAAAAUACCAGAUUAAUUUGUCUUAAAUUUUAUCAAUUUAAUAACAGGUCAAGGAUAUUAAACAUCUUUCUUUUCAAAAGAACUCAACAUGGAUUCUGGAGUAGUUGAAAUGAUUAGUACAUUAACUACUAUUAAAAAUGCUAAAGUUUCUUCUUAAAGAAUACAAAAUUAUCAAUAUUUAUCUACAUCUUCUAAAAAAUUAGGACCAUUAUUAGAUAAAGUAGGAGUAAAAGGAGAUGAAUUUGUAUUGAUUUUAUAAAUAAUCUUCUAAGAUUAUGAAAUCAAUAAUAUUUAGGCUUUAAUAAAUGGAUUGAAAUUAGAAUAAAAAUUAAAAGUUUAAGGAGUUUAAAAUCUAUUGUAAUUAGAUAAAGUUGUGUCAAAUUAUGAUAAAGAUUGGAUAAAACAGAUUUAGUCAAUUAAAGACAAUUAAUUAAUUAAAGAUAUGAAAGUUAAUCCUGAAAUAGCAGUAUUAACUAAAGGUUUGACUAGAGGAAAGUAUACUGGUUUGGAAACAUACAUUAAGAAACUUCCUCAUUUUGAUUAUGCUUAAUGUGAUGGUAGAGCAGAAUAUUUUGGAUUAUUGUAAGGUUUGAUAGGUUGUAUUAGUGGUCCUAUUCCUGAUUCUUUUAAUGUGAAAGGCUUUUUGGCCAAUUUAUAUAAGUUAUUGGAAGACCCUAAAACAAAAGAUAUUCCUACAGAAUUGACUCCAACUAAUAAUUCAGUCGAAUAUGCUAUUUAUAAAUUAGUAUAGAUAAUUUAGAUAGAUCCUAUUGUUUUAAUGCUUACUUAAGGAAUGAUUCCUGCUUGGAAAUUAAUAUAAGAGACAUAUAUUAAUGAAGAAAAGAAAUGGGUAAAUCCAGUUUUAGUAUUAUCAACAUUUUUGUCUUUCUAAGCUAUUCCAACAUUAUUGAAAGAAAUAUUUGGGGAAGUUGAAUGGUUUAGAUAAAUGGAUGAACUUUAUUCGAAAAUUUAUUACAAUGAGUAAUUAGAAGUACCUGACUUUGAGCCAUUUUGGGAUGUACCUAAUUGGAUUGAUGAGUAAGAAAAUUGUAUAGAAGAAAUAAAGAAAAAGUUAUUUUCUGAUACAAUUGAUUCUAUUGAAGAGUUAUAGGAUAUGGUGGAUAUAUGUAAUUUCAAUCCAUAAGUAAUUCAAUUUUUAAAUAUUGGCAAAAAUGAUAUUAAAAAUGCAUAAUUAGAUGUAUUGGCAGAUUCAGUAGAGAUGUAUGGAAAUAUGACUGGUGAUGAUGAUUUAUUAGGAAUUGCUAACAUAAUUAGAAAUACACCAUCUACAGAUCCAUAAUUCAAUAGAAUUUCAUAUGAUGAAGCUGUAGAAAUUUUGAAAGAUGAUCCAGAAGAAUAGAACAAAUUAAAAGGUUUCUAUCCUUUGAUACUUUAUUAAUAAAUGAUUAAAGUUUAUUAAGAAACUUGUUCAUUAUUUAUUGAUCCAAGAAGAAAUAUGGAAUAGAAAGUAUUAACUGAUUCAUGGAUAAUGAAAGAUAUUGAAUGUUAAUAGACACCUAUAUUUACAAUGGGAAUAGCCUCUUCUUUGGCAAGUUUGAGAAGAUCAUUUUGGAAUCCACUUGAAAAUUAAUAGCCAAGAGAUGAAGAACAUUAUAAAAUCACAACACAAUAGAUAGAUUUCAUUUUGACAUCUAUAGAAAGAAUGUAUUAUUUUAAGAAUUUUACUGAUUAUUUUUCAAAAACAAAAGCUGCUCUAUUAAUAGGUUUAUCUUGUGGAUUUGCAAUAUCUGCUGAAAAUUUAAUUUCAGCUAAUUGUACAGCUGGUUUGGUCACAUAUCAAACAGCUUUGGAACAUAAAUCCUUAUAAGCUAAUUAAUAAAAGAAAGUAUUACACAAAUUUAAAUUCUUAAAGGGUCUAAUAGAAAGAAGGUAAGAGGAAUAUAGUUCUAUGAAGAAUAGAUUCUUUAAAUCUUAUUAAUUUAAUAAAAUACUAAAAUAUAGUUUAGAUAUUAUAUCAGAACCUGAAAAUUAUCUUAAAUUUUCAAUUUAGAAUAUUGAGACAUCUGUAGAUUAAGGUAUAAAUUGGGAUGAUUAUUUCUUUGAUAUUGGAUUUUUAUAAAGCAGUUCUUAAAUAACUAAAUGGAUAAGGGCAGAAGGUAUAGAUAAAAAAGUAAAUGCAUAAACUCGUUUAGUUAUUUUGAAAGAGAGACUUAAAUAAUUAAUGGAUAAAGAAAUUCAUGAAUAAUAGGAUGGUAUGAAAAAGGCAUGGAUUAAUUAAUAAAAACUAUCUAUUGAACCUAAAUAAAACUCUUCUUAAGAACCUACUUUAGAAGAAGCUGUACUUGAGGUUAUAGAUGUGAGAACAGGUAAAAAAUGGUUAAGUGUAUUGAAUUCAUAGGAAUAAUGGUCAUAAGCAUGUUAUUAAUAUAAUGAUAAUAUAAGAUUAUUAAUUGAUAUUUGGAAAGGUAAUUAUUAAUCAAUAAUUGAACCUGAUACAUAUUUUACAGAUGAAGAACCUGCUGCAGCUAUGGCAUAUUAUGGAUUAGCAGCAUUAUCUGGUUCUUUUUAUAAAGUUAAGAAUGGAUGGAAAUAAAAUACUCCAUAAUAAUUAUCAGCUUAUUUAAAUGCUUGUUGUUGGAAUACUGCAUCUAAUAAGAAGAAUUUAUAAGAAAUAUUAUCUGUCUUUUUGAAAUCAUUUGAAGGAUUUACAGUUUUAGCUUAAUCAUUACAAUAGAAUGUUUCAUUAGUUAAUAGUUUCAUUAAUUUAUCUAUGUAAUUAUAUGAUACUGAUAUUUAAUAAUCUGAAGAUCAAUUAACUUUGAUUAAAUCAAUGAAUCUUUCUUAAAAUGAUACAGAAGUUUUGAAUUCAUUGAUUGAUGCUUAUUUAGGCAAAAUGGAUGUUUAUUAUUAAUUAGCUGAUUACUCUUAAGUUAUCAAUCCUAGUGCUUCAACCAAAUUUAAACCUGUUUAAAUGAAUAAUCUGAUUAAAAAAAAGAGAGGAGAACCAUAACCAUAAGCAAAAUAAGAAUAAUAAUAAAAUGAAUAAAAGAAACCAGAUGAUACUAAACCUGAAGAGAUUAAAUAAGAUCCACCUGAAUAAUAAUAAUAAUAAGGUAAUCCAUAAAAUUUAGUACCACCUCCACCUGAAUUAUAAAAUGCAUAAUCAAAAGAAUAAAAAGUUAAAAAAGUACCUGAAAAGAAGGGAAAAUCAAAAUUACAAGCAUCUUUUGGUAGUUCUGGAGAUAGAUAUUUUUCAAUUAAAACAAUUUUAUUAAAAUUACUUUAUGGAUUUGAUUAAUCAUAAUUACAUUAAAUAGAGAAAAUAGAUGCUGUUAGAUUUGAUUUUAGUAAAUAUUCAGCUCUAUCUUCUGAUCCUAAAAAAACAGAAGAAUACUUUAUAUUAUUGCUUUGGUAAUUAGCAUAAGCAAUUACAAAAGAAACAUUACCUAAUGAUCUAAGAUUACCAAUCCUUACUGAUUUUGAAAUAGGAUAAUCUAAUGAUUUAGCAAAUGAAUAUAAAACUAAUCUAACUACUAUUAGAUUAAUUACCUAAUUCAUAAUAAAAAUAGUUAAUGAUGAUUAUUCAUUUUUUUUCUAAAAAGAUGAUGAUGUCUCUGUAGUUUUAUAAAAAUUAUCAUUUACUAAGGAUGAACCUGAAACAGAAUUAUAAUUCUUAAGAGCUAUGAUAGGUUUAAAAUCAAAUAAAAUGAUGCUUAUUUAAAAUAAAAGGGCUCUUUAAAAGAAUAAAAAAAAUAAUCAAAAUUCAAAUAAUGUUGAAUUAUAACUUGAUAUUCAAAAAUAAGUUGAAAAUUUAAUUGAUUCAAAGAUUAUUGAUGUAAGACUUGAAAAUAAAAAUGAUGAUGAGAAUAAAGAUCUUUCAAAAAAUAUUGCUUUAUUAUUUUUAGCAAUAUCAAGUGGUAAUAUUGAAAAAAUGUAUUCAGCUAUUUUACAUCAUGAUUCUAUGAGUGCUGGAUUCAUAUUAACUAUGUUUAUGUGGAAAAAUAUAUCUACAAUUAUUGGUAAUGAAGAAUUUUUAAAACCAGAAAAUGCAAUGAGAAUCAUUCCACCUUUAUAAUUAUUACCAUUAUUAAUCUAUUCUUAAAUUAAUGAAUAAUAAGAUAAAAAGAAUGGAUCUCUUAGAAAUAACUAAAGAUAAAAAGUUAUUAAUUCAUUUUAAAUAAUCCUUUAAGCAAUUAAAAAGAAAUAAGACAAACCUGGUCAUAGUGACUAAGAAUUCUAUAACAAAAUUGAAAAAAUGUCACAAAGUAAAAAACAUUAAACUUUUUCAUGGAGUUUAUGGCUAUUAAAGAUGCCAGAAUUUCUUAAAAUCUAAACAUAAAUUCAAAUGGAAAUGGAAAAAAUGGAUAAUACAAAGAAAGCUUCAUUUUCAAGAAAAGAAUGUGAUUUCAUAUUUAAAAUUAUGACAGGUUCAUUCUUUGUAGAAAAGAUUGAAUAAGUUAAAUUUAUUGGACCUAUAUUUAAUUUAUAUAAGAUUUGUAAUCAAAUCAUAAACUAUCCUGAAACUUUAAAAAUUUAAAAUAUAGAUUUCAAAAAGAUUAUUCCAAAUACAAUUAUUACAAUAAGUGAUUAUGUACCUGAUGCUAUUAGAACAUAUUUAGGAGUAUUUGACAAAUUUGUAUAAUUAUUUGUAUUUAUCUAAAUACCUGAAAGAUCAUUAAAAGUAUUAAAAGAUUCUUCAGAUAAAUUAGAAUAAUAACAAAAUUAAAUUGUAUAAGGUUCUCAAGUCCACUCAUAAAGAGAUGAAGAAGAAUAAAAUUAUGAUGAUGAUGAUGAUGAGAAUGAUGAUGAUGACAAUGAUGAUGAUGGAGAAGAAGAUAAUGAAGAAGAUGAUGAAUAAAAUGAUAAUGAAGAAAAAAAAUAAUUAGAAGAUGCUCCUGCUGAUGGUUUAGCAUAAAUUACUGAAACAAUUAAUGAAUUUAUUUUAGAUGUAUUAGGAUAAACUGUUAAUUCUUUAUGGUUAAGUUUUAAGGAAGAAAAUAGAUAAUCUUUAAGUGAUUAAAUAGAUAAACUCAACAAAGAGAUUAAUGAAAAGAAAGCUAAUUAAAUAAAAUAAGAUUAAGCUAAAAGAUUAAGUACUUAGCUUCCAAUGUUAACACAAGCAUAACUGAUGUAACCACAACAAAUAUAAUAAGCAUAAUAAAUACCCAUGUAAUAAUAAUUAGGAACUUCUAUUAUUGGAUAACCUUAAAUGGUUAUGUAAUAAUAAGUACCUAUGUAAUAAUAAUAAAUGCCUAUGUAAUAAUAAUAAAUACCAAUAUAAUAAUAAUAAAUGCCUAUUUAAUAAUAAAUUCCUAUGUAAUAAUUACAAAUGGGUAAUUAAUAAUAAAUUAUGCCAUCUAUGGCAAUCGUACCCUAAGGUUACAAUUUCUAAGAAAAAGCAAAGAAAUUAUAAGAAUUGUAAGUUUAAUUGACUAAGAUUGAUGAACAAUCAACUUAAGUAAAACGAUUGAUUACAGGUAUUAUUUUAUUAUUAACUGGAUAUAAUAUUGAUGAUUUGAAAGCUCAAAGUGAUAGUGAUAAGAAACUUCAAGUUUUGUGUUUCAUUAUUGAUUCAGUUCUCUUUAAGAACCUAAAUUUAUUACAAUAUGUGAACACAGUUAUUAUUCGUGAAUUAUUCUAAGAAAUAUAGAAUAUUAACAAUUGUCCAUUAAAGUCUAUUACUAAUUAAGACUUUUUAUUCUAAAUUGAAUCUUUAUUAUAUACUUUGACUGGUCAAGAUCCUAACAAUGAGGUUAAGGAAAAGAAAUAAAAAGGUGGAAAUAAUUAAUAAAAAGAUAAGCAAGCAUCAAAAUCUGAUCAAUGGACAAUAGCAUUACCUAAAAGAGCUAAAAUAAUUGAAUUGCCUAUGGGUGUGAUCAAAUGUAUUUUCGGUUUGGCUAGUUACAAUUUUGAAUAUGUACCAAAAUUAUUAAAAGAAUUAUCUGUUAGUGACAGUGCAAUAAAGAUUGUUGAAUAAAUAAUUAAAUAAGUUUAAGAAAUGGGUGUAUUCGGAGGUAAAUAGUUAAGCAUAGGUGGAUCAUAAUAAGAUCCAAAAAAAGCUAAAGAAAUAUAAGAGUUAAUGAAAAAGAUAUAAGAAGGAACAGCUACUAAUUAAGAUAUGUUUAAAGCUAUAGAUGGUAAAUUAUAUUAAAUAUAUUAUUUUAGAGGAUGGAACUAAAAGUAUUAGUAAGACAGAAUAUGGAACAUUAGCAAAGAGAUUAGGAAUGAAUUUAUCUGAGCAUAGAAUUAAUGAAAUCUUUGCAAAUAUUAAAAAGGGUUCUUCCUCAGCCAAUUAAGAUUCUUUAAAUGAAAAAGAAUUUGAUUAGGCCAUGAAAUAUCUCUAAUAAAAGAACACAGAUAUGGCAUUAGAUUUUCUAGGAAUUUCUCCAGGAUUAUUAACUAUGCUCUUAAUAUAAGGAGCAAUAAUCCUAUUACUAAUAUUUAUCUUUAUUUUCUUGGGAAUUUAGGCCUUUGCUCUAGGUGGUACAUUUGGAGCUGUAGUAAACAGUAUUCUACCAAUGGGUAAUAAUAAAUUAUUAAUUAAUUAGCUGCUGGAGGUGGAGCAGGAAGUAAGACAGAAAAAGUUAGUGAAAAGAAAGGAGAUGAUGAUUAAAUUGGAGAUUCUGUAGAUAAAACCCAAAAGAUCAUUUAAUCAGACACAAUUUGA